AUGAUAGAAAAGAAAAACUAAAAAACACAAGAUAAAAAGAAUCAGAAUUAUUUAAAUGUCUCUUUGAUGAAUUAAAGCUAGGAAAUUAUUAAUCAUUCUCAAUAACUUAAAUUUUAAGAUUCCCAUCAAGAUUCAAAUGGAUUAUCUAAUUAAUUAAAACUCAAUCAGAUCAAAUCAUUCAUAGAUAAAGAUAUAUAAUAAAUUAGAGAGCAUUUAAUUUACAUAAUUGAAAGAAGGGUUGUUUUUCCUCAAAUUCUAUCAUUUAUAAUUAUAUAGAAAGAUCAAAUUUCAAUUAAUUAUUGUGAUGCCUUAGCAAAGUAAUUAAAUAAAAUUUUUAAUAAAUUGAAAAAAGAUGUUAGUUCUAAUUAAGAAAUUAUUUCUAAUUCUGAUAAUAAUAAAUUAGAUAAUGAUGAAAAAAUCAUAUUAAAAUUACUCUAAUAUUUUACUAAUAAAUUAGCUGAUGUUGGAAUGAAAAGAUUUAAUUUGCAUCACUUAGAUUUACAAAAUAUUAAAAUCUAAUAUAAUCUAUGUAGAUAAAUAAAAAACAAGGUAAUUUAAAACUCAAAAGUUUUAAAGCUUAUUAUACAAUAAGUAAAAAUUGUUCAUUCGGAUUUAUUAGCCUUAGAAGCAAAUUAAUAAUAAAUUAGCUCAGAUGAAUCUUAAGUUGAAUUGAAUCGAUAAUAACUUUAUAUUGAAGAGUCACAUGAAUAAUUAACAAGAUUUGAUUAAAAUAAAGAUAAAAUUUCAUUGAAAAAUAAAUAAGUUCAAUUAGAUUAAAGCUUUUAUGAAGAAAAAGAUCAAUCUGAAAAAGAGUUUAUAAUAAAAGUUUUAAUGUUAAAAUUAGUAGACUUUUAAAUAGUUGUUCCAUAUUUACUUAAAUAAAUAAAAUUUUUGUAUUUUAGUAAGCAACAUAAAAUACCAGACAAAAGAGGAAUUUUAAUAAUAUUCCCCUCUGAAUAAAUAAUAUAAUAAUUAUUCAAGAUUCCAGAAUUGUCUAAAUUUGCUUAAUAAUUGAAUCCUUCUUCAUUAGAGAAAUUUUAUCUUGAAUAUCCUAACUAUUUAAAAGUAGAUUUACAUGACGUUUUAAUCUCCUAUUUGUAAUUGAUAAUUAAUAAUUACUUUAAAUAUAAGGAAGAAUUAAUUUUAAUAUAUAGAGAUGAAUAAUUUAAGAUGAUUUUGAAGCAAAUUUGGUCAUUGUGUGGUGAAAAUAUUAAAUAAAUAUUGUGUAGUAAAAUUAAUCCUAUAGAGUAAUUUAAGAACUUUGGAAGUAAUAUAUUAUAAAUUGGUACUUAUUUAUUUUAAAUAAAAUCUUUAUUGAAAUAAAAUAUUGAUCAAUUAGAACAAUUUAAUAUUAAUGAGGAUAUUUAAAAAUUUCAAUAAAUUUAAAAACUCAAAAAGACUUCUGAUAAGGUGUCUACAAAUACUAAACCAAUUUUUAAAUAAUUCAUUCAAAAAAUGACUAUGCUCAAUAAAUCCUUUCCAUUAUUGCUAAAACUUUUACAUUUGACAAAUUUUACAAUUAAAGUUAUUCCUAGAAAAAGAGUGAUGGAAGCUAUUGUUUAAUAAAAUUAAUUUAUUAAAUUUAUGAAGAUAUGUUAUAAUUAUCCUUUAGAAAUUGAAACAAUUGCCGAUAGAGUUUAAACUAUUUUUUUCAGUGACAAAUUUUAAAUUUAAGAAACUCAUCAUGUUACUUGGCCACAAUUAAUUUUAAUGGCUCUUGAACUGAUUUAUUAAUAAAGAGAGUAAAAUAAGUAAUUAAUUUAUGAAGCAAUUCAAACUAAAUAAUAUUAAAUUAUAUUAAGAGAACUAGAAACUAUAGAAGAUCCUCUAGAACUUCGUUAAAAGACAAAAGAGUUAUUAUUUUUGCUUAAUGAUUAUGUACAGUAAUUAAAAAAUGAAUAAUGA